AUGGAGGCUGACGUCCUGCUCUGUGUCAGACUGGGCAGCCCGGCUGUGUGGGUCAUCCCGGACACUGUCACCAAUCUCUCCGUGGGGCAAGAUGUCCAGUUCCCCGUAAUUCACGACAACAACAUGAAAUACGAAGUGACAGCUCGCCGGGAAAGCCCACACUCAAUUAAAAUCCUCGGCUGGAAUUCUGAUCAGCCCUUCUCUAUAGGAAAUGCACAUAUUGUCCAUCCUCUCUAUAGAGACCGGGUUCAGCUCACAGUCAAUGGCUCUUUGUUACUUAAAAAUGUGCACAUGGAAGACAGUGGAGAAUAUCGCAUCCAAACAAACUACCUGGGAGCGGUGCUGCGGCAGAGAGACCAGCUCACAUUUCAUCUGAAAGUCUUUGAGCCCGUGGCCCAGCCCGUGGUGAAGGUAACCACUAACUGCUCUGUGCCAGCUGCCACUCUGACCUGCUCUGCUCCCAACGGUACAAACCCACUGCUUCACUGGGAGAAAGUCUCGGGCUUUGCCGGUAACACAGUCGUCUACAAUGGGACCACAUUACAUCUGAGCAACGUCACGGGGCGGGAGCGAGACAGCUACACGUGUGUGGCUCACAACCCGGUCAGCCAGACAGCCAGCAAACCAGUCACUGCAGAUCUGUGCCCUGACAGCAGCUCAGCAGCGAUCACUGUAUCAGCUCAGCCCGAUAUAACUAUCUGUAGUCAAGUCAAUAUGGCGUUGGUGCUCAACAGCCAAUCACGGGGAGCUCCGCAGCCAAUGAACAUAUGA